AUGGAACCGUUUUCAUUCUUCCCUACUGCUCCUUCUCCACCUUUCCCUUCUUCUUCUUCCUCAGCUUUAUUGGAAUCUACAGCCCAGCUUGCAGAAGACGGUGAUCAGUGGACUUUCGAAGAGAACAAGAGGUUUGAGACUGCACUCGCGGAGUUUGAUCUUGGUGCCCCGGACCUGUUUGAUAACAUACAGACUAGGGUUCCUGGGAAAACUCUAUGGGAAAUCAAGAAACACCUUGAUGAUUUGUUUGAAGACAUUGAGAAGAUUGAGACGGGUAUUAUACCGAUACCCAACUACAAGACUACUCCAACUCAGGUGAAAUCGAAUCCUAGGUCUCAGCCUAGAAAGAAAGGUGUUAUAUGGACUGAGGAAGAACAUAAGUUGUUCCUUCAGGGCUUGAAGAUAUAUGGCAAGGGGGAUUGGAAGAGCAUAUCUAGACACUGUGUAAUGUCAAGGAACCCAACACAAGUUGCAAGUCAUGCCCAGAAGUACUUCCUUCGUCUGCAGAACUCUGCAGAAUCUGAGCAAAAUGCUAAUGGUGAAUGCUCCACCUCUAAUAAUAAGCUUUAG